UUGCCUACAUUACAUCGAGUGCUUGGUGGACAGAGUGUAUGUGUGUGUGUGUGAUGGACUCCAAACUUAUGGUUAUUUCACGGGAUAAAUGACGUUUAGGCGUGUGUGCUUGCCUGGAACACCUGCACGGGACCUUGAUUGUUAAAUAGAGGCAGGACUGACAAGACGAGAGUGUGAGGAGCGACAGGCAUACACACAGACACCAGCACUCUACCACCACCACCACCACCACCACCACCACCACCACCACCACUUCUAGCAACGCACUACAAGCUACCACUACUACUACUACUAUUACUACUACUACUACCAAGUGCCUUAAACCUUACCCGAAGUCACAAAGUUGUAGUGUUUGGUGUGUCACAGUGCCUAUCCGUCCCUAUCCAUCCGUUUGCAAUAGACAGACGGAUAGACAGACAUCACGUGCGGGUGUGUAUGAUGGAAAUGUGUCUGUCCGAGUGUCUGAUGUGGUGAUGUGAUUGUUUUAAGGCGGAAAGGAGAAAAACUGCCGCUCGUGUCAUGUGCCGCUGACGUCACUUAACGGAACUUUACUCCUGCUGCUGCUGCUGCCACCACCACCACCACCACCACCACCACCACCACCACUCCUCCACUGACCUCCACUGCUGCUGCCGCUGCCGCCGCCACCACCGCUGCAAUUGUUCCUGUGCUUCUGUAGGUGUGUGUGGCCAUGGUCGUAGUGGCGUGAAGGUGGAUGGCCCGAUGGCCCCUCAGAUGCCCCAUGCCUCCACCAUGACCACCAACACGAUAGGCCGCACCACGCGAGCUGACUACAACAAGGAGGCCCUACACCAGAUCCGGGCCUCCCUGCUGCCCUAUGCCGCUGGGGGCGGCGUUCCCCGGGAGCGGCUGAGCCCCGUGAGUUCCGGGGUGGGGGUGAGCGCGCUGUGCCAGGGUACGUUCGGCCUGGUGCCCUGCGAGGAGGAGCUGCAGCGGGUGUACAAUGGCUACCCCGCCAAGCCCGCCGAGGGGGGAAAGAUCAUCCGCAAGUCAAGCUUUGACCGCGAGGUGUCCCUGCAGCGCGGCAGCCCCGCCCUGGACGGCAGCGGCUCCGGCGGGGCGCGCUCAGACAGCCCCGGCAUGGGGGGCCAGUUCUACUACAGCAACAGUGUGCCCGUGAGACACUACGCCGAGUGCCCCGCCCCGCCCCGCAUGGGCAGCGGCGGCGAGGUGCCGGAGCCGCCUCACCCCGCCAUGCCCAUCCAGUAUAGCUGCUCCUACCCUGUGGCCGCUGACGCCCCGCCCCCGCCCCCGCCCCGCAGCCAGGGCACCUCCGUGCCGCCACCAACGCCGCCGCGGGGCACCACGCCGCCGCCGCCGCCGUACGGGUGCCCGACGAGCUGUGCGCCCAGCAUGGUGACGAGCAUGGCGCAGCGGCCCAUGCUGCUGUCCCGCCUGUCUCCGGGUCCCGCCAAGAGCAAGGCACAGGCCAACUACGUCAACAUCAACAGUGUGUCCCAGAGCUCCACCCCGCAGCGCGGUACCAGCCCCGUGUCCUUCCCCGCGGGGCGCUCCCCCGUGGUGGUGCAGAACAACCCCCAGGUGCAGCAGCAGCUGUCCCACCAGAUGCAGGCGCUGGCCAUUAACUCCGCCGGGCCGCAGCUGGACCGCCCGCCCCCGUACCCGCUGGGGUCUGCCCUCAAGGGCAAGCUGGCGGCGCCGCCACCCUCCUACAACGUCACCAUGCAGAGCCGCCAGAGCCCCACCCAGGACUGCCGCCGCAGCCCCCCGCAGCUGGCCUACCCCGCUCCACACCCGGUAUCCCCGUCCUCGUUGUCCCCGCCCACCUCCAUGUCCCCGGCGUCGCUGCCCCGCGGCGGCCAGACGGCUCGGCAGGCCAAGACGCCCACGCCCAUCAUCAUGCAGAGUGUGAAGAGCACACAGGUGCAGAAACCCAUCCUGCAGACCGCCGCUGCGCCCGCCGCCCCCGCCUCACCCCCGGUGUCCGGGCCGCCCCCCUCCUAUGCCUCGUCCAUCCAGCAGAAGCAGGCAGCGGUGGCCCAGCAGGCAGCAGCAGUGCAGGACCUAGGCCUGGGCCUGGAGGGCAGUGAUGCAGUCCCCUGCGGGUACCAGCUGGCCGGCGGCUCCGGCGUGCCCACCACAGACCCCCCCAGCUACCAGUCCACCAUCCAGGCCAUGGCGGCGGCGGGCCGUGGCUACAGCCCUGCCUACCUGCCCCCCAUGGCCGGCAUCCCCGUGCAGGACACGCCGGUGCAGGAGCUGGACUUGUCCCUCACGCCCCUGGCCCACAUCCCCAUCAGCCAGGUGUCCACGGUGGACACUGGCCCAGGCCAUGGGGAGCUGCCGCUGUCCUGCUAUGACCAGCACGACCCACAUGUGUCUGCCCUGCAGCGGAACUUCUCCCCCGUGCCAGCGGACACGGCCUCCACUGCCUCACGUUCUGAGAGCCCCAUCUCCUCCGUGGAUACCCACGCCACCUCCAACUCCCCGGUGUCCUGCUUCUCCUCACCCUCCACGCAGUCGGACAACACGCUGGAGUCCGGCUACUCCUCGGGGCAGUCGUGCCGCGGGGUGCCGCCGCCGCCGCCACCAGAGGAGAAGACCACUCACCAGUCUCCCAUCCCGGAGCGCAAGAAGCUGAGCAAGGAGAUGGAGCAGCAGCGGCGGGAGUCACGGGUGUGCAACCUGUCGCCGCAGGCCUUCAAGUUCUACAUGGAGCAGCACAUCGAGAAUGUGAUGAAGUCCUGCGAGGAGCGGGAGAACCGACGCCUGCAGCUUGAGAAGGAGAUGAAGAAGAUCGGCCUCUCGGAGAAGGACCAGAAUCAGAUGAGGAAGAUGCUCUCCCAGAAGGAAUCCAACUUCAUCAGGCUGAAGCGUGCCAAGAUGGGCAAACACCUCUUCCGCAAGAUUAAGACCAUUGGUGUGGGAGCGUUUGGGGAGGUGGCGCUUGUGCUGAAGGUGGACACACACCGCCUGUACGCCAUGAAGACCCUGCGGAAGGCCGACGUGCUCAAGAGGAACCAGGUGGCCCAUGUGAAGGCAGAGAGGGACAUUUUAGCAGAGGCAGAUAAUGAAUGGGUCGUUAAGCUCUACUACUCAUUCCAGGACAAGGACAACCUGUAUUUUGUGAUGGACUAUAUUCCUGGCGGUGACCUCAUGUCUCUCCUCAUCAAACGUGGCAUAUUCCUCGAAGAUCUGGCCAGGUUCUACAUCGGGGAGCUGGUGUGUGCAAUAGAGAGCGUGCACAAGAUGGGAUUCAUUCACCGAGACAUCAAGCCAGACAACAUCCUCAUUGAUCGUGACGGACACAUCAAACUGACGGACUUUGGGCUCUGUACGGGCUUCAGGUGGACACACAACUCAAAGUACUACCAAAGAGUGGGCGACCACGACCGGCAGGAUUCCAUAGACCCGUGCCUGGACAACGACAUCGUGUGCAACUGUGACGACCUGAAACCGUUGGAGCGGCGGCGGCGGCGGCAACACCUGCGCUGCCUGGCACACUCGCUGGUGGGCACGCCAAACUACAUCGCGCCAGAGGUGUUGUCCCGCACUGGCUACACCCAACUCUGUGACUGGUGGAGUGUGGGGGUCAUUCUGUAUGAGAUGUUGGUGGGUCAGCCCCCCUUCCUUGCCAGCACACCCCCGGAGACACAGUCCAAGGUGAUCAACUGGGAGACCACACUGAAGAUCCCCAAGCAGGCCAAGCUGUCCCCGGAAGCCAAGAACCUCAUCCUUAGCCUGUGCACCCACCCUGAGAAGCGAUUAGGACGGAACGGGGCGCAGGAAGUUAAAGACCACCCUUACCUGCAAUCCCUGGACUUCGAGGGGGGCCUGAGGAAGCAACAAGCGCUCUAUUUACCCGAGAUCAAGCACCCGACAGACACCUCGAACUUUGACCCUAUAGAUCCGGAUAAACUAAGGCCAAGCGAGCCUAAUGAGAGCGACCUGGAGUGGGUGAACAAUGAAGACCAGCCUCUCCAUGCGUUCUUCGAGUUCACCUUCAGGCGGUUCUUUGACAGCACACCACGGGGAAGCAGCAACGACGAAAAGGACAGCCAGCACCCAGUUUAUGUCUGAUUGUCUGAUCGUCGCUCUUAACUCUCCCGAUGUGCCCCGUCUCGCCUGUUUCGUGGUUCAUCUGGCCCUGUGUCGCCCCGCCCUGCCCCGUCAUGCCUCGUACCGCCCCGCCACACCCACAAGGACACUCCAAUUGCCUUUCAUACUUUAUACAACCUUCUAGUCUUCCCCAAACCCCAUAGAGGCUCAAAACACUCGGUUGUUUAUAUAUAUAUUUUUUUAAGCCGUUUUGUCGCAGCCUCUCGCUUUCCCGCUGGGUGACGGCAACCUGGGGGAACGUGCAGCUCGGGUCACACUUACUUGGCAGUGCGGGUGUGGCGGGUGUGGGCUGGCGGGUGUCAGGUGAUGGGUGUGGGCUGAUGCGACUCACAGUGGCUGUCUGUGAGUCACCCGGGCGAUUUAGUCAAGUCAGUCACCCGGUCAGUGAGUUAGUCAGUGUGGCGAUGGGUGAGGGAGGGAGUAACUGACGGGUGACUUGACUCGCCUGACUUUGGACAACUUUCACCACAACGUACUCUUUUAUUUAUUAUUAUUUUUCCCCCUUCGAGAGCAGCAUGGACUUGUAUUAUCACCGCCCUCCCUGACACUCAAGGGAGGCCGAGUAUAAAUGUUUACUGACGCGGUUGGGUGACCAAAUUAACAGGGACUUUCAAUAUAUAUUUUUUUUAUUUAAUCUGUCCAAAUGGUGAAAGAUGUAUGCCCCCAAUUUUCAUGUCCUAUUUUCUUUUUUUCAUUUUUAUUGGGGCCACUUUUGUAUUAAGUUUAUAAGCCAAUUGAGGCAGCUGAGGAGUCUUCUUAAGUAACGCAGGAGGGAGGAAGAGUUGGUACACAGAGAGAGUUUGUAGAGGUUUGUAGAGAGAGAUUGAUUCACAAGUGGAAGGAAGAAAACGUGACUUGAAAGAGGAAAAGUUUGCAAGAAUAAAUUUAUGGUUAUGUCGGAAGAGGAAGAGGAAGAAUCGAGAGAGAAAAAACAGGUUGGAGA